AUCCAGGAACCAAUGUAUACAACAGGUAUCAUUUCUCAUCAAAUUAAAUAAUAAUUUGGCGAGCGAAUCCGCAGAGGCAAAGGGAAAAGCACCAAACGUUACGAACGCAUAAAUUGCAAUUCAAUCGAAAAUUCCAAAAUCAGACGCUAUUUCAGUGCCAUUAAUUUAAUCGAGAAACCGAGAAGAAGACGGGAAUGGCUGAGAAGAAAGAGAUCUUGCCUCCCAAAUUCGACUUGGGUGUCAAAUGGGACGCCUGUCUCGAUCUGACCCUUCGCCGCUUCGUCUACUCCUCCUUGGCCGGCGCCUUCGGUGGCCUCCUCCUCUUCAGGACUCCUGUUACUCGCUGGGCAUCUGUAGCUUUUGGUGCUGGAGUAGGCAUUGGAUCUGCAUACUCGGACUGUUCUCGUUUAUUGGAUGGCACUCCGCCAAAGUUGACAGCUCCUAAGAGCACAGAGACUCCUGUUCUUCAGGAAGCUGGGAAUGAGAACUGAUUCACUUGAAGCGAAGCGAAGGUACUCCCAAUUUGGCUGGCUGGGAAAAUCAGAACUUGAUGGAUAUUGCUUUGUGGUUUUUGAACGUGGUACAAACAUUGUUCUUGAUGGAGAAACGUAAUCCGGUGUAGUUGGGGAUUCUAGUUUGUUUUGUUGCAUAAUCCUAUUUUAUGGGGAUGGAGGUUUGGAGUUUUGUUUUGGAGAAGAAUAGGAAAAAGGAACUGUAUUUUUCAUCCAUGUGAUCUGAGAACUUUCGGUUUUCACUUCUUUAUAAUAAAUUUGGGGUACUGAAAUCA